GUUCCGUCCCUCUCGGUCCAUAGCUUUUUGUGAACUUCCAUAGACGCUCAACUUUUGAGAAUUUAGAAACACCGUCUCAUUUUCAUUCCCAUAUUCUGCAUUCUCAAUAGCUAAAACACAAUUUCAAAAUCAUGGCGGCUUAUGCAUCUCUCCUUUCUCUUAUGAAUAUCAUAGAUACCCUUAAGCUUCAUCCUUGCCCUCCUAUUUCUCUCCCUUUUAAACAAGUUCAGUCUCUCAUUGAAAAAGUUUGUUUCCUGCUCGAAUUUCUCGAAGCCUACAACCCUCAUCUUGGCUACACCACAGAAGCAGAUCCCUUGGAGAGUCGCAUUGCAGAUGCAGCUCAUGCGGCCGAAGACGUGAUCGAAUCUCAUAUUGUGGAUCAGAUCACAAGUGAUGGGGGAAAGAUUAGCUCCGACGCCUUGCAUCAAGCUCUGGAGAAGGUGAUCAAAGAAAUGGCGUUGAUCCAAAAAGAGGCCAUGGAAGUCAAACAGACUCAAAAUCAGCCCCGCAUAAAGUCAACGCCUUCAGAUUCAAUGGAACUUGCUUCAAUUUCGCAGAAGAAGAAGAGUAGGAUGGUGGGUGCUGACGAUCUCAAGCUUCAAAUGAUGGAUAAGCUCACUUCUGAUUGCCGUGAUCUACAAAUCAUUCCAAUUGUAGGAAUGGGCGGCUCUGGUAAGACCACUCUUGCUAGAAACAUUUAUCAAGAACGUCUUAUUAAGGAGCAUUUUUAUGUUUGUGGUUGGGCUACCAUCUCUCAAGAAUAUAGCAUUCGAGAAAUUCUCAUACAAGUUCUUGGAGAAUUAAUUAACGAAUAUAGUAAACAUUCUAGGGAAGAUAAGUUAGGCGAGAUGUUACAUAAACAUCUGUUUGGUCGAAAAUACUUGAUUGUAAUGGAUGAUAUGUGGAGUAUUGAGGCUUGGGAUAGAGUUAUGAGGUAUUUUCCAGACAACAAAAAUGGUAGCAGAAUUGUAAUAACAACUAGGCUAGCAAACUUGGCUGUUGAGUUAGCCAGCUCUAAUAGCCUCAAGAUGAGGUUUUUGGAUGAGGCUGAUAGUUGGGAUCUUCUCUCCAAAAUUGUGUUUGGUGAGGAAAGUUGCCCUCUUGAAUUGGAGGAAAUCGGAAAAAAGAUUGGAAAAAGUUGCAAAGGACUUCCAUUGUCAAUUGUUGUAGUGGGAGGGCUUUUGGCCAAGUCCAAACAUGCAAGAGAGUUUUGGGAAUACAUAGGGGAAAACUUGAAUGCAACUGUUAAUUUAGAGGAUGAUGAACGUUGCUUGAAAAUAUUGUACAUGAGUUACAGGCAAUUGCCGGUACAUUUGAAACCAUGUUUUCUCUAUAUGGGAGUUUUUCCGGAGGAUAAACCGAUUCAUAUCUCAAAGCUUAUUAAGCUAUGGGUUGCCGAAGGAUUUCUAAAGCCUAUAGCAGGAAUAAGCUUGGAAGAUAUAGGAAAAGAGUACUUGAAUGGCCUAAUCAGUAGAAACCUCAUUUUGAUUCAUGAACUAGGCAGCACCGGAAGCAUAAAAUACUGCAAGAUUCAUGAUCUCUUGAGAGAUUUCUGCCUGAGAGAGGCUCAAAAGGAAAGGUUUUAUGGUGUAGUGAGACAAGAUACGUCUCAAGAAACUAUGAAUGCCCAACGCCGCCUUGUUGUUUCUAACAACACAUCGGAGGAGAAAGUCUCGGAUGCCUUGCAGUCAAUGUCACUAGCUCGUUCUUUGAUAUGGGAUUUUGGGGAAGCUCCACCAUCACUAAAUUUUAGAUUGUUGAGGAUAUUGGUCACAUGUAGUUCUCGAUCUACUAAAGCAUAUAGCCUAGAAGAAUAUAUGCUUCGACUAGUUAACUCGCGAUAUCUAGAUAUUAGCGCCCAAUGGGGGCGCGCGAGAGGAUUCCCUUCUUCAGUCAAUCUGCUUUGGAAUCUACAGACAUUGAUUGUUGACACACUCCAAGGCCUUAUUGCACCAGCUGAAAUUUGGCACAUGCCUCAAAUUAGGCAUGUCCAUUGGAGAGGGCUAAGUCUCCCAGAUCCGAGCGGCCAAGGUGACAUUGUCUUGAGAGACUUACAAACACUUGUGACAAUAAAAGAUUUCAAGUGUAGCAAAGAGGUGGUUAAGCGAAUUCCCAAUAUCAAGAAAUUGCGAGUAUCUUAUGAGAGACUUAGGGAAAGUUGUCUUAGCAAUCUUGUAUGUCUAGAUAAACUCGAGUCCUUUGGCUGCUUUUGUUUUCCAAAGACCAAUGCUGAUUAUCUGGCAUGCCUUAACUUCCCAAAUUCGCUCAAGAAGUUGUCUCUACAAAGUGGAUUCUGGCGAUGUUGGGAUGCCAUAUUGCAAAAGAUAGGUAGAUUGCCACUUCUCGAGAAGCUCAAACUCUACUAUGGGUCUUUUGGAGGGUCCUCGUGGGAAACGAGUGAAGGGCAAUUCCGCAGCCUUAAAUUCUUGGAACUUCACGAGUGUGAUGAACUAGAAUUCUGGAAAACGGAGAGCUCCCACUUUCCACGCCUUGAACACCUUGUACUUCACCGAUUGUUCUUGUUACAGGAGAUUCCUUUAGAUUUUGCAGAAUCAUCGACACUUAGAUAUAUUGACUUGAAGUUUUGCAGUGAUUCUGCUGUCGUUUCUGCUAAGAGAAUACUAGAGGAACAGGAGGAAUUACAAGGGGAAGUAACCCUCCAAGUCGGAAUUAUGCUAUCAAGAAAGAACGAAGCACUGGAGAGUUUGGCAAGUCCCGACUUUCGUGUGUUGAUUGCUGGGAGUAACUAAGAUGCUAUCUAUCAAGAAUGCACCUCAACUGGGACGGAUGCAGGAAUUUAUUUUGAAGGGGGCCUUACUGUUGUGGUUUCUAGCAAGAACAGGGAAGAACCAAGUUAUAUUUUUGUAAAUUUAUAUGGAUAUUUAUAGUGCAGUGUUAAUAAACAUAGGAAGAUGAUUCCUCUUGCUUUCAUCAAUCACAAUUAUUAAAGUCAUAAAUGAUAACUGGAGAAUCCAAAUUUGCAUCUCUA